AGAGUCUAGACGUGCUCCUUCUAAAGCCUUCCGGCCUGCCAUCGCGCUCCAGCUAGUUUGGCCCUAUGCCAGUGCGUCCGCACACCGUAGCUUGAGCCGGGGAUUUUCCGGUAGUGCUGUAACAGCUUCCGGCGCUGGCCCAGUGUUGAUAGACUUCAUCUGACGCCGGGCCGCCUUAGAGGUAUCGGAGGACUUCUGUAUUUGUUACGGUAACCUCUUCAGCCCGCCAAAAUGGCGAUGCAAGCGGCCAAGAGGGCGAAUAUUCGCCUUCCACCUGAAGUAAAUCGGAUUUUGUAUAUAAGGAAUUUGCCAUACAAAAUCACAGCUGAAGAAAUGUAUGAUAUAUUUGGGAAAUAUGGACCUAUUCGUCAAAUCAGAGUAGGAAAUACACCCGAAACUAGAGGAACAGCAUAUGUGGUUUAUGAAGACAUCUUUGAUGCCAAGAAUGCAUGUGACCACCUCUCGGGAUUCAAUGUUUGUAACAGAUACCUCGUGGUGUUGUAUUACAAUGCUAACAGGGCAUUUCAGAAGAUGGACACCAAGAAGAAGGAGGAACAGCUGAAGCUUCUCAAGGAAAAGUAUGGCAUCAAUACAGAUCCGCCAAAAUAAGUGUUUGCAUUUCCAUUUUGGACUAAAACCCAUGAAUGGCCCCAAUUAUCUUUUGUUUUGUUUUGUUUUUAAUUAAUACUGGAUAGUAUGAUUUCUUACAUGAGACUUAGAAUGACUUGUUUGAAAAUAUGAUAAAUAUUAGACUAUAUUAUGUUAAUAAACUUGUAACUUUUGGUAAAA